AUGGCAUUUCGAAAAGCUGCCACUAACGACUUUCAAGGCCAUUUAAAAGGUAGGUUACAGUUUUCGACUUUGUUACCUUAAAACCAAUUUCCCGGUUAUUAAAAUUGAUAUCUAAACUUUUUCAGAUAUCAGACUUCAAUUAUUAGACCAAAUAAAGUGUCUAGAGAAUCGAACCGAGACUCAGAUCAACAUUUAUCAUGAGAUCAACGAUUUUUGUAAGAAAAAGGCAGAACUCGACCAAGAAUAUUCGAAAUCGCUUGACAAAUUGGUCAAAGGUGUUAUGAUCAAGUACAAGAACGAGAAGAACAAGUAAGUUAGCCCGUCAUUCUUUUACAAUGUUUAGGAGAAACCAAUGGAUGAUAUAUUCUCCAUGCAAUCUGUUCAUGCAGUUAGUAGACGAUACCAAGGAAGAAGCCAAGAACAAAGCCGUGAUAUCUGAAGUUAUGGGCUCUUUUGCUACACAGUCUAUCAAUCAAAAGUGCUUGCAGAUGCAAAAGGUUGCAAAGAAGGUGAGGUUGACAUUAAAAGAGGGUUUGAAUAUUAAUUUAUUUUUUAGAUAACAAUUUUUUUAUUUAGGUAUUGACUCUUAUCUAACCUAAUGUUUCAAUUUUCAGUGUCGUGAGAUUGGAACAUUAGCUCAGGGUGAAAUAAUUCGAGUUCUAAACGAGUUGAACUUAUCCAUGAAGACAUAUUUCGAGUGUUUUGAAGAAGCUCAAGCAGUCAAAAACAAGUUGUUAUUGGCCGAAGAGAAGAACAAGCUCAAUGAAAGUACAGGGAAGAAGCAGAAAUCACUUCAAAAGAACUUGACUAAGGUAAAUUACCUUUUAAAGAUAUAUAACCACAUAUAAAUUUGUGUUAUCAACAGCCACCUGUUUUUGACUAUGAAACUUUUAAAAAGGAUGUUAUUCUAGCUAAUUAUUUUGUUUAUUUCUUCUUUCAGAGGACGGAGAAAUACGAUGCGGCUAAACAGAAGUGUUCGCGAGCACGAAACGAGUACUUGUUAUGCAUUGAUGCAGCCAAUGCUGCUUUGCACAAGUUCUUUGCUGACGACUUGAGUGAUUUAAUCGACUGCACGGAUGUCGGCACUGAUUAUUGGCUUAGUUUGUUGCUGGACAACAUCAUUACAGCUCGGAAGGUGGCUUGUCAUGGUGAGAUGCAAGCAUUGGCACAGCUAAAUGAAUAUCGACAGAGUAUCGCCGAAUGCGAGCGACACAAAUGUGACAAACAGAGAUUCUUUGAGAGUCAGAACAGUACCUUCAUGUUGCCAAGGAUGUUCGAAUUUAGGUAAGGUAUUUCCAAAUAUUAACUCUACUUUUAGAUAAAAUUUUUUUCUAAAAGGUAGAGAUCUAAUCAAAUUCCGUUUCUUUUUAGAGCUGAUCAAGCCGAGAAUGUCAGUCAUAUUGCACUUGACGAUGGUUUGUGUGAAGACUUGAACAAACGUCAUCAGCAGAUGAGAAUCAGAUUAAAAUCAUUGAGAGAAGAGUCGGAAAAGACUUCGGAACAACUGAUAAUGACUCAGCAAAGAGUCAGAGAGAUAUUGUCACAACAACAAGCGGUAGAAGUGACCAGCAAAGGUGUUGUUGACCAUCGACCAGCUGUCGAUGUCACUGAAGCUGAACUGGACCAAGCUUUAGAUGAAUACUGCUCACACUUCAGCUUCUUCCUGCUCAAUGCCAAUCUGAUUGUGAGGUUGGAAGCUAGAGCAGAUGGAAUUGAGAGAGCAUUGGAGUCGUUUGAUCCUGAGACUAAUACUCAAAGUAAGUCAUCAAGUACAAUGUUAUACUUGUGUUAACAUAACUAAUUUCACAAAAUUUAGAGUUUUUUUGUACUUUACUGCUGAAAAACCAUGAAAAUUUUGAUUGAUCACUUAUUGUCAUGUUAUUAUAAAGUCUUUGUUGACAUACUAAUUCCACCAAUCUUUGAAAAACAAGCCUAAAUUAACCCUUUUGAAGCUAAAAUUGUUUUAAAACUUUUAUGUUUGAAUUUUUCUUACAAUAGUUUGGUCGAAAAGCUAAACUUUUUGAUCUAACUCACUCUUUGGCAUCAGUUUUGGUCGAAGAAGACCGUAAUAUUUGACGUUGGACUAACUGAGUCUUCAAGAAAUUCAUGUUUCAACUGUUUCAGUCCAGUUGCCGGCCCGGGAGAAUGGAGAACAAGUAGCAGAAUGGCACGCCAAAGAACGGCGGAAACUCAAGAUCGGUAUGGGGAACACGGCAUAUCUUCAGAAUACGGAGCAUCAGACAGCCGACUAUCGACCGUCGACCGGUUCUCAAGCCAAGAGCAGUUUGAGCAGCUUGUAAGUCAAGGUUUAGGUAUUAAUUCGGAUUGUAUUUGAGUAAUCUAUUGAUUUUGGGUAUUUUUGAGAGAUCGCUGGUAUAUUAUAGUAGCUUUCACGGAACAACGAUACAAAUCAGUACUUUAUCGUAUCUUACAGUACUUUAUUUGUAGGGGAACGGACUCGAAGCACACUCCCCCAUCGACGUGCACCGACUCCACUCCACCCUUGAACGGUUCGCUGAGCAACGACGUGCCCGUGGGGGUGACUUCCCCCGCCCUCCAACGGCGGUUUUCUCAUCAGCCCCCUCUUCUCCUCAAACGGCCCCGGCUCUUCGGAGGGGCUUUGGACGAGUACGUUCGACAGACUGGCGAGCAGAUUCCACUGAUCGUGAUUUCCUGUAUCAAAGUUCUGUCUCAGUACGCGCUGCACCAUCAAGGCCUGUUCCGGGUCAGUGGAUCUCAGGUCGAAAUUAACCGCAUUAAGGAAGCGUUUGAGGAAGGUAUGUUAAUGUUGAGUGUUUUGCCAUUUUGAGGUGCUUUUGAAUUUUUUAUGGAAUUUUUAGUGUUAAUUAUAACGAAAGAAUUAAAAUUGGAUAAGAUACACAAGAUAUAAGGUUGCUUAAAGGUGUCAUCUACAAUUUUAAAAUCAUUUUUUAGGAGAUGACCCUUUGUCUAAUGUUCGGAACGCGAGUGACAACAAUUCCAUUGCUGGUACUCUCAAGUUGUACUUCCGAGAGCUUCGAGAGCCAGUCUUUCCAUUUUUCAUGUUCGAACGUAUCACUGACUGUGCCAAAUUGACAAACAUUGAAGAGUUUAUAUCAAAGGUAAGUCAGUGUAAUAUUAUUGUUUUUAAAACUGGUAUAAUUGUUGUUUUACGUAAUAUUGAUCUUUUAGAUUACUGAGCUUAUCAACAAACUACCUCCUUCAUCCUACCUCUUACUACGGUAUUUGUUCGCCUUCCUCAACCACGUCAGCCAGUUCUCGGAUGAAAACAUGAUGGAUGCCUACAACUUGGCCAUCUGCUUUGGCCCCACUUUGUUGAGGAUUCCAGAAACCAAGGACCAAGUGUACUACCAGAACUACGUGAAUGAUGUGGUUAAGAAUCUGAUUCUCUACCACCAUCGUAUCUUCUCCAACAAGGUCUCUGGCCCCUUGUACAACAGUAUGAAUCCAGGAUUCAUGGCCGAUGACAUCGAGAAGUUCGCUGACGAUGGAGACGAGAUGUUUGGUCAAGGGGUGGCAGGAUUAUCGACUACAGACACUCUGGCUACAGUAUCUACACUUAAUGAGAACGGCUCAGUCAAUCUGAAUUCCCUCAGGUGAGAUCAGCUUGUUUUUGUUUGUCGUGCACAUAUAUUGUGAUACUGUAGAUUGCUAAUGAGUGUGUUCUAUGAACAGUUGUAUAAAUGUCACUUAGAAUGCACUAAGCUUUCUGUAAUAUGGUUUUUGUGAAUUGAACUUUAAACUUACAAUAACUCUAUAUUUUGUGUUUGUAGGUAUGCCUUGACUUCAGAGCCAAGUUCGUCGGCAGAAGUUGAAGAUCGUCUUCAAACCUUGAGGAACACAGAUGUCUCCACCAACUUCCACUACUCGUCUUCCGAGAACAGUGUCCGAAGCACGACUGGUCGAAAGUCAAUUUGCGUGGGGGAUGAAGGUCGAUGUGAGGAGCGACGCUCUUCCUUGAUGUCUCCCGUCAGCGACGGCACUCUUGUAGGCUGUCACCAUGAAGCCAGGAAUAACAAUGUAAGUACCAGCUUCUGACCGUCGCUUUCUGUGUAGCACUGUAGAAUGUGUUAGAUCAGCCAGCUUAUGUAUGAUAUUAUUGUUAAGCAGUUUUAUCUUUGCUUAAUGUUGAUAUUGAAGACAUUAAUUUGCUUAGUAGUAGACUAUAUACGACUAGAUAUGUUGCUUACAGUCAGUAUAAUAAUAUUUUGAUAUUCAGCUUGAAAUUAGUGUUAGUAAUGUUGCUUUAAGUGUGUUAACUCAAUUGUUUAGAAGACUCAGCUGAAGGUGGAUUUGAACCAGAAGGACGACGACUCAGGGACAGGCGGAUGUAGUCCAGCAGGGAAAUCAGCCGAAUCGGAAUCUAACACCAGCUCCAGCCACACCCGGCCGAGCAUUGAUUCAGGGCUGGGGAAUGCCAAUCCUUAUGCCGUGUCUUCGUAUCAGUCCAAGGCAACUAAACCCUUACCUCAGAGUAGUACAAGGUAACUUACAGUAUCAUUAGAUUGUGGUUUUACUCCUACUGUCAUAGUUCACACAUACACGUACCUAUCUUACAUAUACCUGGAAUUCUUUAUAACUCGUUAAUUACUGUAGCAUCUAUGUAAUAUUAUAUACACCAGGCUGAUUGAAAAGGGUAUAGGGAUAGGAGGGAUGUUCCGUUUAUUGAUCUGAUAUUAUCAUUCACUUCAGCCACUGAUGAUAACUGUUGUCAGCACUUUCGUAUUUUAGGUAAUGUUUUUUCUUGCACAACCGCAUUGUGUUGCCAUUCUAAUUGGUGUUAUACUGUAGGUUAAGGUGAAUGUAAUGCACUAACUACUAAUUAUAAUUGUGAUCAUUGUUUAUUAACCUUGUGAUAUGUAAAGACUUGUGAAAGAUUGCUUGCUUCCAUUGUUUGGUCAAAAAGUAAUUUUAAUAGGCCAUUUCUUAUUACUUUUCGACCAGUAUAACUAACGUUGCUUCAGCUUACAAACAGUUGUAACUUGUUAUUUGUUACCCAAAAUUAUCAAUAUGUGUUACUAAUGUGAUCAUUUCAGCACAUUGGGGAGAAUGCGGAUCCCAGUGCCACCGAGAGGUGCUACAGAGACUUCGACCAACUCGUUCUCCAAUUUGAGCACGAGUCAGACCUCUGACCUGCCAUCGUACCAACAGUUGUACAGCUCUAUCAACAAGGGUCGGACAUCCUCGACCAGGUCGGGUACGGUAAUAUCACGAGUCCAUCAGAUGGAAGACCUUUGCGAUCGUGGCAUCGGACCUCAGGAAGUGUCGCCCAACAACUUUCCGACCUCCGACGCCAUGGACGAGCACAACUUGCACAUGGUGACCGUCAACCAGAACUACAUGAUGUAG